GUUACUUUCCCUAUUAUGCCCCAGAAAUCGAUAAUAGGAUUAUCACAAUAUGCUGCACUUCCUGAGUACAUAUUGCGUAUUGGGGCGAUCUUAUCGGGUGAAACUAUCAUCCCUGAUAUUGAUGGUCAAUCCGUCGAGCCGCAAAUGAAUUCGGAGCAGCCUUUUGUGUACAUUUACUUUAAUUUGGUCAAGGCAGUCCUUGAGAAAUCCCCAUUUGAACCUGAUUUGGAUAUGGCGAUUUGGAGUUAUUGGCUGGUUCAUAGAAUUCUGGAAAAUCCCAACCCUGAUUACGCCUUUAAUAUAACUAACCUUCGGGUGCCUGAGCCUCCCCUCAUAGCUCCCCGAACCGUCGAGAUACUGAAAAUUGAACGAGAUAUUUCUUCAAACCAAGUUCAGACCGAAUUCAACCGCCAUGAGAACAAGUCCCGAAAAGAGGCUCUCAUCCAUCGAUCUUGUCUUCUUUCUUUUAAUAUAAAAGAAGAAAGAAUUAAUAUUCUGUCCGAUGCUGAGAUUAAAUGUGCUUUUCAGUAUGUUUCUGCGGCAUCUCAUCUCUCCACCAGUGAUAGAUUGCAAAUAUUUGGAAUCAGGGAAGUCAUAUAUCUCAGCGCACUUACGAAAUCUUUUCUCGAUCCAAAAGUUCAACAACUCGUCGACGGCCCUAAACUUUUCGGACUGCUGUCUAAUGCAAGCACAUUCAGUUUACGCUACAAUGAGAAAUACUAUACAAUGCUUUGUGACUCCCUUUCUAAAAUGAAGAGUAUGUUUAAAUGGUUUCAACUUCAUAAUGCUUUUGAAAUGCGGCAGGAAAAUACCACUGAACAGCACAUUACUAAAGAUUUUGUUGAGUUAAGAGCUCUGAAUAACCAUCCCCAAAAGCUUGCUGUACGCAAUGCUGUACCUGUUAUUGGAGAAGAAGGGCAGCAGAAACUUAUUACUACACCUAAAAACAAGUAUAUGUGUGAAUGGUGCAAUGAGCCCUUUACUUUUCGUUCAAAUUUAAAAAAACAUCGCCAAAAGCAUGCUCAAAACAAACCUAAUCAGAGGAUAGCUUAUAUCCCGGCUGCUGCACCUAUUAUUAAACAAGAAAGGAAGCGGAGAACUAUUUCCUUAUUUACAAAACAUGAAGAGACGCCCAAAAAGUACCUACAAAAGCUUUACACGCCUUAG